AUGAAUUGGAAGACACAUCAGCGAAUUCUUGAAAUAAAUGGUGGCGAGAAGAUUUCACAACCAAUAGUAAAGUUUCCUCCCUUCAAGCUGCGAGCAGCAAUGGUUGAAAAGGAUCCGGUCAUUUGGCUUCAUUUGCUUGAGACAUAUAACCGAUUCUUCAGUUACUUGAUGUCAGAAGGGCGGUUGGAGCAACUGGACGACUCGACUUAUGAGAAUCUUUGCAUUUUUGUGCGCGGGUAUCUAAAGGAACUUUCCGACGAAGAAGGAAAGCUACUGAGUCUGGGCAUGAAUAAAGAUGUUGAACAGCAGCUUCAUACUUUGAGGAGCUGGAUUUUGGCAUUGGCGAAAGAAUGCGGUUUGUUGCAUCUUCAAGUUUCGUGUGAUACCUUGUGGGACUUUGUCCGUCUUUACGUUACUUACAACCCGGAGACAGUUCGCUCAUUGAUAGACGGAUCCCUGAAGCCUAAAAUCAAUACCCAGAAAGCACAUCUAAAUAGGACUUACCAAUUGCAUCAGCAUCUAAAACAGCUAAUUGAAUCUAACAAGUUCACCAGAGUCGACUUAAAGGCCCUCGAAAGCUUGCUGUCCGCUGAAGAUCGGCGAUCGCCGCAUUUUGCAGAUCAAUUUUUGAAUGCCAAAUGGGCGGCGAUCUUGGAAUCGUGGUUUUUGCAAGAAUCUAAAGAUAUUAGGAUCAUUGCUACAAAUCUAGGUAUUCUGACAUAUACCAGCGCGACCGAGAAUCGUAUAAUAGAGCUAAUAUCAGAAAUGCGCAUCACUCUGGAGACGCUGCAACAGUAUCCCUUGCUCGCAUCGCUACUCAUGAAUGACAACUUUAGAGCCCAUUUCAAAGGGCUCGCAUCAAGACUGCCACUUAUGAGAUCACUUGUCGGAAGCAAAAUAGUAACCGAAAAUCAACCUGCUUUGAGCACAGAAGCUGUUGAAAUGAUUAUAGAGGUCUUCCCAUUUCUGACAGUAUCUCAGGCAGAGAAGCAGCUUCAAUUAUAUGAUGGGAAUGUGGAACGAACUAUUGAAAGCUUAUUCGAAUCACCGCUGCCGCCACCUGAUGAAUCGAGUGCAACUACUGCCACCCAUAGUGCUGCUGUCAAUGGUAACGAGCAACUCAAACCAGCUGAAUAUGAGAGUGAGCUAAAACAGACUGACAGGUUGUCGAAGGAGGAGUUGGAUCAAAGAGGGGAAAAUGUUCCCGAUGCUUUGCGAAAUAAAACCUUGGCUAGGGCCUUGGCUCUUCUCUACCAAGCGGAUGAGGAUGAAAUGGACGAUACAUACAAUGAAGCUGACUCUCAACCAUUGGCUGAUGGUGAUGAAGGGGAUAAAGGAGCGAAAGCAUAUGAGAAUCGUGAGGGAUACUUAUGGGAGUUGCUAAAAGUGAACAAGACACUAUUUGAGCGACAGUCUAGGGGGACGAAAGGCAGGAAGGAUAUGAAAAGUAUGACAUCAUGGUCUGAUGAGCAGAUUGAAGGUUGGGCCCGCAUGCUAGAGCGGAGUCCCAAACGAGCACAGUUACUUGAGGAGAGAUACAUGUUUAGGGGAAAUGCCCGUACUGGCAAAAGAGCUUUUGUUCAAAACAAGCACAAUAGUUUACAGGGCCCCCAGCUCGAUGACACCCGAGAAGGAAUCAGAAAUGAAAAACAAUCUACGAAUAAGACGUCUGUUACCGGUGGUGGGGAUAAAAGACGCCAGAACGCUAGAAAGGAGAAAAACAAGAGCACUCGCGCAAACCACAACAGAAAAAGUGGACACGAUAAAAAGAUCGCGAGGGUAUUGCCCUAA